GUUGAUCUGUCUGUGAAGGGAAUUUGGUCUCUUUGAGCCAUGGCAUUCGCGGACUUGCUGGAGCAGGUGGGCAGCAUGGGACGUUUCCAAGUGUUACAUGUCAGCCUUCUCUGUAUACCCAUCUUAAUGAUGGCCAGUCAUAACCUGCUACAAAACUUUGUGGCAGCAGUACCCCCUCACCACUGCAACUCCCCUACCAACCUCUCCCUGCCCACGCUGGACGAGAGGGACAGACUGCUGGUGACUGUGCCCUUGGAUGGACAGGGAAGGCCAAACAAGUGCCAACGCUACGCCCAGCCGCAGUGGUACCUCCUCAACAGUAACGUAACAGAUGAGGAGGAGGAUGAAACUAUGCUGGAUAUUGAGUUGCAAGGCUGUGAGGAUGGGUGGCAUUAUAACACAACAGAGAUGGCUUCAACCAUUAUCACUGAGUGGGAUUUGGUGUGUGAUUUACGCUCGCUGAAACAAAUGAGCCAAACUGUAUACAUGGGAGGCGUUCUUGUGGGUGCCAUAGUCUUUGGUGGAUUGUCUGACAGGUUCGGCCGACGAUUUUUGCUCCUGAUCUCCAACCUGAUGAUGGCUGUUGGAGGGACAUGUACUGCCUUCUCCAACACCUUCAGCCUCUUCUGCCUUUUCCGUUUUGUCUGUGGCAUGGCCCUCUCUGGCUUGGUCCUGAACUCCUUCUCUCUAAUUGUGGAAUGGAUUCCCACGCGAGUGCGGACAGUGGUAGGCACAGGGACAGGUUACUGUUACACAACAGGCCAGCUGAUCCUUGCAGCCAUAGCCUACUUUAUCCGAGACUGGCGCUGGCUUACUCUCGCUGUCUCACUGCCAUUCUAUGUUUCCUUUCUCUACUCAUGGUGGUUCUUGGAGUCUGCGAGGUGGCUUGUUCUAAACAAAAAGUCUGAACAAGCAGUGAAAAACCUCCGAACUGUGGCACGGAUCAAUGGACGUCAAGCAGAGGGAGACAAAAUAGAUGUUGAGAUGUUGCAGGAGUCUAUGAAGAAGGAGAUGGCCUGUUCACAAGGUACAUACUCCGUUGUGGAUCUCCUGCGCACACGGACUAUGAGAACCAUCACUGUUUGCCUCAGUGCAGUCUGGUUUUCCACAAGUUUCGCUUACUAUGGACUUUCCAUGGACCUUCAGAAGUUUGGGGUGAAUAUUUACUUGAUCCAGGUGAUCUUCGGUGCAGUCGAUAUACCAGCAAAAAUUGUUGUAACCAUCUCCAUGAGUCUGAUUGGGCGAAGGCCAUCACAGUGUGCAGCAUUAAUACUGGCUGGUGUAACCAUUCUCAUCAACCUGCUGGUGCCAUAUGGUCUUCAGACAUUGCGCACAAGUCUAGCUGUAAUUGGAAAAGGUUGUCUUGCAGCCUCCUUCAACUGCUGCUACCUUUACUCCGGCGAGCUUUAUCCAACCGUUGUUCGGCAGAAUGGUAUGGGCUGGGUAUCCAUGAUGGCUCGACUGGGAGCAAUGGUUGCUCCCCUGGUACUGCUGCUUGGGGAGGAAGUGUCAUGGCUUCCAGGCCUCAUCUACGGGGGUGCUCCCAUACUCAGUGGCUUCUUUGCCUACUUCCUCCCAGAGACCCUGGCAGCACCCUUACCUGAUACAAUCCAGGAUGUGGAGGACAGAGGAAUCAGCAGGACAAAUUCCAAAGGCUCAACCAAAAAGGAAGAACUGGCUAUGAAGGACCAUGUUAAUAGCCCACUGAAAGAGACUGCUUGAAGUUAGACUCCUCUGAAUAUACAUGGCCAGCCAUUUUAAUAUCAAAAUGAAGCUAGCAUGGGAAUCACCCAUACUGUUGUCGCUUUAGUGGGCUUAUGACUGAGGAACUACUGAACAAUGGACAUGGCAAAUUUCCUUAAACUGGUCAUAACUGACUUUAAACAAUUAGCCUGUGUAUUUAGUUUCAACACUAGUUUUGCAUUGCUAACAUUUAUCCUAUACCAGAUGAGUAUAGGAGUUUAAUAAAUUGUAAAAAUGUUUGAUUAAAGGUGCUAUAGUGUAUAAAAUAACUUUCAGUGAUGUUGUCUAGAUGUUGUUUUAAUGAAUUCAUUGGUAAGGAUUUACCAGUUAACAUUUUCUCCUCUAUGAAUACUCAAUAUGCUAAUCUCUUAGGUGACAAGUUACUGCAGUAGUUGCAUAAUAUUGUUCAGUAAAAUGUCUUUUUAUAUUGUGGCAUUUGUUGCAUCAAUAAAACAUACAGAGGUUUGUGUUCCAUA